CUAGACUGUUCAAAAUAUUAGGAGUUAAAACAAGAUAAGCCAAACAUUUGAAGAGAUGGGUCUCUAAUGAUCUAAAAUAUAAGAUUUGAUGGAUAUGCAUGGUGCAUUGGUGCUAGUGGAAGAUGGUGGUUAUUAAAGGAGGUCGAGAGGGGGGAAAAAUGUGUCAAUAAAACAUAGGGGCAAUUUUGUCAUUUACGAACAAAUAGGACACAUCUCAUUGUAUGAUUAAAUAGUUUCCGUUAGUUUAAAUAGAAAACGUUAUAAGUUGAAAGUUAAAAGGGGUGUAAGUAUUUAUAAUGAAGUAUAUAGGGAUCAACAAAAAAUGAUCAAAGUACGGUACAUGAGGUGUUGCUAAAAAUUCCACGUAAUAUGAAAUUAAAAAGGACAUGUAAAAGGCAUUGCAGUGUGUUUUGAAAAUGAUAGUGUACAGGUGUACGGAUAGAUAUAUAUUUCAGGUAAAGGGGUGCAACAGUGUAAUAAAAUAGAAUGAAGAUUUAAAAUUUCGCAACUCCAUUUCUGGGAUCCAUCUAAUGCAUAUUAAGAUUUAUAAAUUUUAAUAAAAAUUGUAAAAACCUUUCCUCAAACGGGGGUAACACUUCAUAGACAUUUGGGUGUGGUUGUUGCUAUAGAGCUUUGUAUAUUCUGUUUGUUUCAUCUAAUGAAUCAGAUUUCUCAAGUGCAAAAGCUCCGCCCUCUUUGUUGUCAUACAAAAUAACGUCAUGGCAUUUCAGAUACUAACCCCUCAGUCCAAAUAGGAAAACCCGACGAUGUCUAUACAUAAUGUUAAAUAAGAUCAAAAUCAAAUAGUUUCACAAAUCGAAAGUGAAACAAGAGAUAUCAGAAGAAGCAAUAACUUGAUAACUCUGCAUGAUGAAUCCUAUCAAUCUCAAUUUAUUCUUCGCCGUACUCAAAUUCAAAUCAAGUAAAACUUGUUAGGAUUCCUACUCUCUUUGAUGUGAAUUUGAGAACGGCGAAGAGCAAAUUGAGGACGAUAGAAUUUAUCAUGCAUAGUUAUCAAGUGAUUGUUUCUUCCGGUUUCUCCUCUUUCACUUUUGGUUUGGGAAACUGUUUGAUUUUGAUCUUAUUUAACAUUAUGUGUAGACAUCGUUGGGUUUUCCUAUUUGGACCGAUAGGUUAGUAUCUGAAUGCCAGGACAUUUUUUUGUAUGGCAGCAAAGAGGGUGGAGCUUUUGCACUUGAGAAAUUUGGUUCAUUGCAUGAAGCAAACAGAAUAUACAAAGCUCUAAAGCAAUAACAACACCCAAAUUUUUGUGAAGUGUUACCCCCGUUUGAGGUAAGGUUUUUUUUAUAGUUUUUGUUGAAAUUUAUUAAUCUUAAUAUGCAUUAGACAAAUCCCAAAAAUAGAGUUGCAAAAUUUCAUAUCUCCAUUGUAUUUUAUUACACCGUUGCAUCUCUUUACUUGAAAUACACCUAUAUACUAUCAUUUUCAAGACACACUGCAAUGUAUUUUUGACAUUUUUUUUUUAAUUUAAUGUUACGUGAAAUUUUUAGUUACACCUCAUGUAGUUUGAUCAAUUUUUGCUGACCCAUAUCUACUUCAUUAUAGAUACUUACACCCCCUUAACUUCCAACUUAUUACGUUUUCUAUUUGAACUAACGGAAACUAUUUACUCAUACAAUGAGAUGUGUUUUAUUUGUUCGUAAAUGACAAAAUUGGCCCAAUGCUUUAUUGACAACUUAUUUUUUCCCCUCCCGGCCUUCUUUAAUGACCAUCAUCUUCCACUAGCACCAUGCAUAUCCAUCAAAUCUUCUAUUUUAGUUCAUUAAAGGCUAGCUCUUUAAAUGUUUGACUUAUCUUGUUUUAACUCCUGCAAUUUUAAAAAUAUCUAGAGGAGGCAGAAAGAGGGUAUGGCAUAUCAAUUGAAUUCAAAGGAUUUCUUUUUGAUGUGGGUCUGAUCUUAAUAUUUCGCACAAUUGCCACAUCUCACCGCUUCGAUUUAACUAAUUAACUCAUGUGUGUUAAAUCCAGUUCCCAGAUUUGAGUUAUCAACACUCUGUUUGGUUUAACAUUCAGAGAGUUACUUUUAACUCUCGGUACAGUUUUCAAUAAAUUUUUUCCUCUAUCUCUCUUCACUCAUUACCACUCCAACUCUCGAAAAUAACUUUCUAAAUUGUUAACCAAACAAAGCAUUAGUUUUUUUGGUUCUUUUAUUUUCCUGAUCCGGGUGGCUUGAAGGAGCUACUUGCACCUGAUGACUAUGAAAUCGUCUGGCGAAGUGUUGUUGCCAAGUUUGUCUUGAGCAUUUUUGAUGUGGUAAAGUCUUUUUCCAUUAGUGGAUUUUCUCUUACUUGUGGCUAUUAUUUCUUGGCUACUUUGUUUAGUUUGCAGUGAAAUUAGUUUUUUCAUGGCAAUUUAUGAAUGACUUGGUUAAGGUUCAUUGUUUGGUUGACAAAGAGGACGAAAAUGAUGAGACACAAAAUCGCACCUCUUACAAACAAGCCUGCUAACGGUUCAAAGGUUAACUUGCUUUUCAAAUUAGGAAUCAUCACUCUGGUCCCCUGUACUUUAAGCGAAAUCACUCGUCCCCUUUUUAACUACAAAUCCUACCCUUAGAGCCCUUUGGAGGAGGGCAAUAGGGUAAUUCCACAUACCAACUCACCUAAGCAAUUGCUGAAUAGGGAGAGACAUUGGACCCUUGAAAUUUCCAUUAAAUUGCAAAAAAUAUCAUGUCACUCAAAAUUCACUAAAUGCAGUUUUUCUUGAGCAUUUCUGUUGUGGUAAAGUCUUCUUCCAUGUGCGGAUGGUUUCUUACUUGUGGCUAUUGUUUCGGAUACUUUGUCUAUUCCAAAUUUCCAAGAUUUCCUUUUAUGGCAAUUUAUGGAUGACUUUGUUCAUUGUUUGCUUGCCAAAGUGGACCAAAAUGAUCGGACACAAAACUGCACCUCUUACAAACAGUGUGGAGGAUGAGUUGGUGUGGGAUCAUUCCAAAGAUGGCCAAUUUUCAGUUAAGUCAGCUUAUUGGCUGAAAUUCUAUGGGAAGUUUGGUACAGGUACAAGCAAUGUUCAGGGACAUUUCUCAAUGUGGGGUAUAAAGUGUGGGGUUUGGGUCUUCCUCCGAAAUCUCAAUUGUUUAUUGGAAGGUCGUUCAUUGGAUUUUGUCUGUCAAAGAUACAUUGCUCAAGUGGAAAAUCGAGGGACCCCUGUGUUGUUUUCAGAAUGGUUGACGGGUUGGCUGAAGAGUGCUCCAAAUGAAGAAGUUGUUAGGGGAUUCUGUGUUAUUGCUUUCGGUUAUUUGGUGUGCACGGAAUGAUGCGUUAUUUGAUUAAGAAUGGUAUGGUGUGGAUGUUGCACAAACUCGUUUUGCAGGGCUAUGGGAGCAGUUGCACUAAUUUUAUGUGUAGUACUUUUGAUUCAAAUAGCAGGGUGCUACUCAAAUAGCAGGGGCUGUUUUGUGUUCCAAAGGCAAGGGGUGGAUACUAAUAUGAUUCAAGUGCAAUCUUGUGACGGAUGGUGCAUGGAAGGCAGCUUCUUUGAGAGGGCCAGUUGCCUGGAUUAGUUGCAGGAGGAUCAGAGCCCAGGUGGAGUUAUGUUAUGCUAUCUCAGCUGCUAUGGUGGAAGUCCGAGCGGGCUUGCAAGUCUUGAGGUGGGCCUUGGAGAACAAUAUAUUGGAGAUCUGCAUUCAGACCGACAGCUGGUUAUUUGUUCAAGGGCUCAAUAAUCCACAUAUGGCUGACUAGUUUGCGAACGGCCCUUUUUGGAUUUUCGUUGAUUUUCUCAUUUUAUGUAUGUUAAAGUUGUUGAGGUUUCUAGGCAGAUUGUGAAAUUUGCUUAUAACAUUGCUCGGGCAGCUUUACUAAGUGUGUAAUAAUGUGUGAUGUUUAUUGUUAAUGUUAUUAAUGGGUUGAUAUUGCUCGUCAAAA